AUGAACUGCAACCAGCAUCAAAAAGCCAUUUUCCUAUUCAUACUUGGAUGCUUAUGCCUUGUUUUGAUGAAGUACAGUUCCUUCAUUUUUUACAGAGAUUUGGAAGGUGAUUUAAAAUUUGUAAGGAGCUUCAUUGUAACACGAAAUGUUACAUCAAUUGAUAGCAUUUUACAACAAACCAAACCCACCCCAAAGUCAGAAACAAAUGUAAUUUCUUCAAAAAUCUGGAAGCAUUUGCGGAAGCCUCAUACUUACAGUCCUUUUUCAGAACCAGUUGACAAACAUUAUUCCCAAGCAGGUCAAGAUAUAGCUGUGUAUAACAUAUUUCCAAAGAAAAACGGAUUUUUUAUAGAAAUGGGAGCUUAUGAUGGUAAGGUUCAUUCUAAUACCUUGUGGUUGGAGAGAAAACAUAAAUGGACAGGAUUGCUGAUAGAAGGAAACCCACGAUCAUGUCCGAACAUUGACCGUGUCAAACGCAAAACCUGGCGUCUGUGCGCAUGCGUGGCACAUGAAAAUGAAACAACGUUUAUAGAAGGAGAUGAACUAGGGGGUUCUGAAAAAGAUAUGGCAAGGAGUCACGUCAUUCAAUUGAAAGGGUAUAAAAGAACCAAAGUACCUUGUUUCCUAUUAAUUGAUGUAUUACUAUUAAUCGGUGUUUUCCACAUUAAUUACUUUUCGUUGGAUGUUGAAGGCGGGGAAAUGGUGGUGCUAAACAGCAUGAGAGAUCACUUAAUCUCUAGACAAAUAAUAGUUGAUGUAUGGACCAUUGAGUAUCGAGCUUGGGCAGGACCAAGAUUUGAUUGGGCUAAAGGAAAGGAAAAUCUGGCAAAUUAUCGAGCCUUUUUUAAAAAGAUUGGAGGAUACGUCGAACACUCACAAUUGGCUUACGAGUCACGUACGCUAGAAGAUGGUCACUAUCUUGAUGUUGUGUUCGUUUAUAUAGAGACAUGGUGUAAAGGUCAUAGUUCACUUCCAGACGGCAAAACAAAGUGUUGA